GGCCAAAGUUCACUGCUUGGAAAGAAACCAAUUAGAAGUUUCUCUCUCUCUCUCAUUCGCUUCUUCUCCAUCUUUAUCUCUUUCCAUGCAAGUGCUGCUUUACCAUUCUCAUAGUUCAUACUAGCAAUUGGCCAAUUGACCUUACUCCUUAAUUUUCCUUUUUCCCGCCAAAACUUCCCUCGCCAAUCAUGAAUCGUGGCCGAGCUUCUUCAUCAGGUGGUUAUUCCAAUCCCAGAGGGCGAUCCUCCCGUUCCGCCGGUCAUUCUUCUUAUCGUGGCCGCCAUAUGGAUGGUGCAGAUGGAGCUUGUUAUGAUUCCUCAUUCAGCAGAAGGGAUGGAACGUCACAUGGCAGAAGGGGAAGUACGAAUUCCAAAGUGCCUACCCAAGUUUAUCUACCAAAGAAGCCUUCAGGGGAUGGGACUAUCCAUUCAGAAGUGCUUCAGCAGGAUCAAAAUGCUUCAAAUGCUAGUGGUUCUGAAUCAAAACAACUGGAAUCUUUUGAGGCUUUCGAUUCUGCUUCUGAAGGUAGUUCUGCAUUGUCGUCUGCUUGUUCAAGUUCACAGGAUAAUGUGGUGAAUAUUCAGGCUGGACAAGUGCUAACAGAGGGAGCUGUGAAGGAGGGGACAUUACAUCAUGAUCUCUCAUCCAAAUUAAAUAUUUCUACCCAGCAAAAUCAGUCUCUGCCGUCCUUGAAUUCUGGUGCUAAAGACCAGCCAUCCCAACAACAGUGUGCUAAGAGUACUGAAUGCAACAGAGAAUCAGAGCAUUCAGAGCAUCGAACACUGAUUGAGACUUUUGACAUUUUUCUGCCAAGGACUGGUACUCCUGUAAUUUUGAAGCCUUCGUUGCUUGCGAAAAACAGAGAAAAGCGGAAUGAGGUCAAGCGAGCUUCCAAAUUAGAGGGAAAAAUAUUAAGAUCGGGGAUGGUUCUUUUGAAGGGUUAUUUGUCUAUGGAUGAUCAGGUUAAAAUGGUAAAAAAAUGCCGAGACCUUGGCUUAGGCCCUGGAGGUUUCUAUCAACCUAACUACCAUGAUGGUGCAAAACUGCAUUUGAGAAUGAUGUGCCUUGGUAGGAAUUGGGACCCCAAUACUAGUAUGUAUGGAGAAUAUCGACCAAUAGAUGGUGCUAAACCACCCAAGAUUCCUCAUGAAUUUUGUAGCUUGGUUGAGAAUGCUAUGAAAGAUUCCUGUGCUUUCAUAGAAGGAAAUUCUGAAGCAAGCAGUUUAGAAGAUUGUCUGCCAUGGAUGUCACCAGACAUCUGUAUUGUAAAUUUUUACUCAGCAAGUGGGCGGCUUGGUCUCCAUCAGGAUAAAGAUGAAAGUGAAAGAAGUCUAAAGAAACGAUUGCCUGUGGUUUCAUUUUCAAUUGGAGAUGAAGGAGAGUUCGUGUAUGGUGAGAACAGAGAUGAAAAGAAUGCUGCAAAAGUUAUACUGGAAUCAGGAGAUGUGCUGAUAUUUGGUGGGAAGUCUAGACAUAUAUUUCAUGGAGUACGAUCAGUUCACCCCAACACUGCUCCCAAGUCUCUACUUGAAGAAACAAAUCUUCGUCCAGGCCGUUUAAAUCUAACUUUCAGAGAGUACUGAAAUAUUGGAUAUGCUUGGAGCUGUUUCUAGUGAUUGUAAAUAUAUGCCAAACAGGUGCAAUAGGAGAUACUGUUAUUUGACAUACUUGUUGAGGGGAAUAUAAUAUGACCCUUUUCUUGAGGAA